CCUGUCUGUUCACUCAGUGACGGUCCAAGCAGCUAGAGAGAGCAUGCAUGCAGGUUGCAAGUUCCCCGCAACAUCCUGUGGAUCUUUUUCUACUCCUUUUUAUAUUUUUCCAGUGAAGUUUGAAGUCUUCUGGUCAAAUUCAGAAGAUAGAUGCACGGGAUUUGCUUUUUUUUUUCUUUUAAGACAGCAGAAUGUGUGGAUGUAUGAUUUCUGAGUUAUUUGGUUUAUAUGAAUCCAAAAUGUCCGCAAACACUGUGGUUGUUGGAUAAAAGUUGUUUUUAAAAGAAGUCCAAGCGGGAGUAUUUUUUUCACGUGCAUUUUUGGAAUAAGUCCAAGAGGAUGCUGACCGAACUGUUUGGUUUGUUCUACCUGCUCAGCUCAGUUCUGAGCCAGGACGCUACAGGUAGCCGCUUCGUUUGCAACGCCAUCCCCCCGGGCGCGGAGCCGGGCUGCAGCUACUCUCCGACGGGCAACCGCUUGCAGAUGAGCAGCCCCGUGGAGGAGGAGCUGCGGAACACUAUCAUCCAGCUCCGGGAGACUAUCUUGCAGCAGAAGGAGACCAUCGUGAGCCAACAGGGAACCAUCAAGGAGCUCAACUCCAAGCUGGCGCGCUGCGAGGCAGCGGCGGACGACUCGUCGCAGCAGGGCAAGUCGCGGGGUCAGGGCUCCAGGAGGAAGGAGUAUGGCAAGAACACCAUGGGGGACUUGCCCAGAGACCCCAGCGAGACCAUAAGCCAGCUUGGCAAGACCAUGCAAAGCUUGAAAGGUCGCUUGGAGAGCCUGGAGCAGCAGAGUUUGCAGCUCCCUAGCACAAACGUGUCAGUUGGAGGUGUCUCUGCCCUGACUCCCCUGCCGCCAGAGCUGCGGGAUCUACUUCGGCAGCGUCUGGGGGCGCUGGAGACGCAGCUCCUGCGCAAGGUGGCCGAGUUGGAGGAGGAGAAGAGCCAGCUUUACAACGAAACGGCCGCUCAUCGCCAACGCACUGAGAAUGCUCUCAAUUCUCUCCUGGAAAGGAUCACAGAGCUGGAGAAAAAUAACAACGCCUUCAAGUCGCCUGAGGAUUUCAAAGUGUCUCUCUCCCUGCGCACCAACUACCUGUAUGGACGCAUCAAGAAGAGCCUCCCAGAAAUGUACGCUUUCACCGUGUGCAUGUGGCUCAAGUCCAGCGCCAGUCCCGGGAUAGGGACCCCUUUCUCUUACGGUGUGCCAGGACAGGCUAAUGAGAUUGUGCUGAUCGAAUGGGGGAACAACCCCAUUGAGCUGCUGGUUAAUGAUAAGGUGGCCCAGCUUCCUCUUUCUGUGAGUGACGGGCGCUGGCACCACAUCUGCAUCACAUGGACGACCAGAGAUGGCUUCUGGGAGGCUUACCAGGAUGGCGAGCGACUAGGCACCGGGGACAAUCUGGCCCCCUGGCACCCAAUUAAACCAGGAGGGGUGAUUAUUCUGGGCCAGGAGCAGGAUAUAGUCGGAGGUCGCUUUGACGCUACCCAGGCUUUCGUUGGCGAGAUGAGCCAGUUCAAUAUGUGGGACCGAGUCCUGCGGCCCGUGGACAUCGUGGGCCUGGCCAACUGCUCGGCGUACAUGCCCGGCAACGUGGUCCCGUGGAUAGACGCCAACGUGGAAGUGUUUGGGGGUGCGACCAAAGCUCCUCUGGAGAUAUGCGAGGACCGUGCAUUUGACUCCUAAUGUGAGGAAUCAUCAUCACCAUCGAAAAGCCAAGUAUUCUUGUUCAGUGUGUGCAAAAUCCCAAAUUCAAAGGGUACAUGCAUAUUGAUAUUGUGUGGUUACUCAAAGAUUCACAUGUGUUGGCUUAAAUGUGUGUCCAGUCCAGUCUUAGCCAUGGAGAAGACUUCACAUGAGCGACCAUGUGGAGAAGAUACAUUGACAUUCUGUGUUUUCUCUUUCUCUUCUUUCAUUUGACUUCUCGGUGCAAACAGCACUUUUCUCAUGCAUUCCUUAUACCGACAAUGCUGCACUGUGUGUGUAGUGAGCGCACGCUCCAGCAGGCUUUGAUGUGUUGCGGAACAUCAUUCCGGAGUUAGAUGGUGGAACGCUGCGAGCUUCCUCUCUGUUUGAAGAGCAAACAAAUGAGGAGAAGGCUCAGGAGUUGGCAACAUCGAUUGUAGAAGCAUCGCAACACGGCUGAUCGUCCAUAUUUAAGUGCAUGAGCCCGAGCAAGGAACGCAAGUUUAGGGAAGACAAGUGCAUGCCUUCUUUCAGUCCAUGUGUGGACAUUACAUAAGCGCGUGUCUUGCGUGUUAAAAGACCAGAGAUUACGAGGGAGGGAGGACAUUUUCAUUCUUGUAAAUCUACGCUUAAUACCUCUCUGCCCCUUGAGCAGCUGCCAUAUCCCAAACAGCUUUAUAUGGACGCUUCUGCUCAGGUUAAUAGCCGUGGCGGACAGCUGCCCAGAAGCAGCUAAAACCGAGCAGUGGACAGCGGCCGACUUCCCAAGCGAGGACAGCAAAGGGAUUGACCCCAAAGGCCAAUCCGUAAUUCCUCCUCCAUGAAGUAAUUAUGUACAUUAUUAAAGGGAUAUGGACAAUGAGCGGCGACUGAGUCAUAAUUGAUUCAAUCUGCGUUCUCAGUGGACAUUAAGAAUGUUGAUGAUUAAUGAUAAGGCUAUGCUAUAUUUUUCAUUAAUAUUUGGGAUUACUGAGAUUUCAGCACAGAUUACUGCAUGAAGUGAAUAAUUUUUGCAGCUUCAUUUUUCUUCUUACCUAAUAUGGUAAUAGAUUUUCAUUUCAGUUCAUUUUGGGGGGGUUUUGCUAAGCUGUGAAACGCCGCUUUAACAAUGCCUGCGAGGCUAAUUGUAAAAAGAUGAAUAUAAAAAGAGGCAGCAAAUAAUUUAUUUUUUCAUCAUGGUGAAAUGUUCUUUGGCAUAAAGAGCUUGUGUCUAUGUUUGUUCGAGCUUGAAUACGUCCUAAUGCUAAGAUAAUAAAGUCCUAAUACUAUGAGGAUAAAAUCCUAAUGUUAAAAGAACAAAGUUGUUAUAUUGCGACGGUACAUUUGUUAUCCUACAAGAAUACAAUUGCGGUGUUAAAAGAAUAAAGUCGUAAUAUUAAGACAAUACAAUCCUGUUAUGGGAAUAGAGUUCAGAGAUGUUAAGAGAAUAAAGUGACAACGUGAAGAGAAAAAAGUCGGAACGUUAUCCGAACAGCAAUAAAAUAAAUGGCGUGAGUAUUAGUCAGAAUAUGACGAGAAUAACGUCAUGACACGAAGAGAAAAAUGUCGUAACAAUACUUGAAUAACGUCAUAAUGUCAGAAGAAUAAAGUCGUGAUAUUACGGCAAGAAAAAUGAUAAAUUUACAAUGUGAUACACUUGUAAUACGAUGAGAGUGAAAUUCUAAAGUUACGAAAGAAAUAUAUCGUUUAACACGCUACUGUGUUGACAGUUUUAGUUCACUUGCAACAUUACGACUUUAUGCUCAUAAAAUUACAACUUUUUUCCAGGGUCUUGUAAUAUAUUCACCUGAAUAUCAUAAUUGGAACGUUGUUCUUGUAAGUCUAGCAUUUUAUUCUUUUAGUUAUCUUUUUUUUUUAAAUAUAUUUUAAAUGUGUUCCUAACGUUUCUUUGUGGCAGAUGAUGCAGUAUCGUACAGGACAGCGCAGAAUGUUGUAAAAAGCGUGUGCACUAAGGAUUCAUGAAGCAUUGUUGGAUUUGCCACCAAUUUGUUUGGCAUUUGAUUGCCCUCGUUAACAAUCCUUCAAUGUAAAGAAUAUUUGCAAGAUUUCCAUUUUACUUCCUGGAGAAUUUCCCUGCCUUUUUCUGCUCUUGAUUUUUGCUCAUUAGCAGCAUAUUAUGGGAAAAACAUCUUUCCUGAAAAUGAUAAAUGGCCUUUUUUUGGAAUGUUUUUGCUUGUGGACACAUGAGAAAAAAAAAAGAUUUAGUCCAUUUUAAAGUGUGCAGUAUCAUUUUAGGUUUUACACUUGUCAUUUGCACUUAAGAUUAAAAAAAAACAAAAAAAAAACUCGCAGAAUAUUUAAUGUAGAGUGCACCAUCCUUCACUUUAAGUUUUCUUAUCUGGACAUCAAUCAUUAAUGCAGAUGAGCAAAGAUCACUGCUGUCAUUUUUAUCACAGAUUUAAUUGCAUGACAUGCAUAUCAUUAAUGAGAGCAGCCCCGUCACCAAAUAAAUCCCCUGAACUGGCACAUUUCCUCACAGAGAAAAGAAAAAAAACGCACAUGUGGGUUGUGGGAGCUGCUUGUUAGCCUUGUUUGAAACAAUGACACAUCUAUUUCAAUUCAUACCAAUCUGUGGCCUCUGAUACACAAUCAACAAAUAAAAGAAUGUGUGUGUGUGUGGGAAAUGUUUUCAUUUGGAUUUUCUUUGCAGAUGUUAGCUAUUGAUUGAUCAAUAAACAAAUCAUUCCAACCGGCAAAUAAGAAUCUUUUCCUGAGGUUUGAAAAUGAUUAUUAUUCCAGUGGAGAAACAGCAUUAUGCUGAUUGUUGGUCACACAACAGGCGUUCAGUGUCAUAACAAGACAGAUUGCUAUUGUCGUACACCGCAUUAUCUUUAAUCCUGACUGAGGAUGAAUCAAUAUUGAAAAUAAAUACAAUUACUGUAUCCAGCAGGAGGCGUCGACCAACACUGGUGAAAUCGAACUAAAGGGGGACAAGCAAAUUAUAGUUAAAGUACUUCCAGGUAAGGAUUUGGUCAAGUCUUAAUGACAUAAGUUAAUGCAAAAUACUAGACUACCCAAAUGGUAUACAAUAAAAUAUAGAUAUAAUAUAUAAAUGAUUAAAAAAAAGAGCAAUGCAUGUAAGAUGUGAACAUGAAAAUAUUAAGUACAGUUUUAUUUCACUGUUUUCGAGUGAUGACACCACAUUUGCACUGCAGGCUCUCAAUCACGCUCCAAAGCAUCAGAUGGUGCUAUAAUCCUUGUUGGGUCAUUUUAGCCAGUCAUUAAAAAAAGAAGGAAAGAAAGAAAGAAAAGCAAAAUGUAAGUGGACGACAGACAGGAGAAGAAAGGAGCUUAACUACUACAACUC